AUGACGGCGAUCCAUGGCGAUGAAGGGGAGGGCGACAGUUGGGUAAAUUUUUGGGUGCGUGGUGUUGGGUGCUUGUCGGAGUUUGUAUUCGGAGUGGUGUUGGGGAUGUUGAUGGGCCCCCGGUGUAUUGGUAUGGCGCUGGACUCGUCGGAGACGAGGCCAUGGUGGUUGGAGGGGGGAACGGUGCAAGGGAGAGAGGAGAGUUCUUCACUGCCAAGGUAUGUUCUGAGGGGGAUCAAGAGCUGGAGGAAGAAGAAAUUUGAUUCAGAGAUUGAUAUUAGUUGUCUACGUAAAAUCCUCACAGAAUUUUUUGGGUGCCAUUCAUGUAAUGGUCACAAUGGGAUUGGUCCUAAUGGGCUUUUUGUUUCGCUGCUUCUGACUGGACAAGCUUUAAGAAUAGCAAUAUGUCACUGUUCUAUUUGCCAUUGUGGUCAUGCGACAGGAGGUUCGAUUGCGAAGCUCAGUCGUGAUCUAGAUUUCUGUACCUCAGAGGUGGGCAUGAUUCUUUAUAAAAUCCCAAAUGCCGCAUAUAAAGGGUAUGCAACGUAGGAAGAGACUUUGAUUGAAUGGGAUAAGCACAUCAUCGCUCGUGAUUCAGCAUCCUGCUCAAGGCUUGUCCAGACACCUGUUUAUUGUGUAUCUUUGUAGUAUGUACAGUAUGCAAAAAGUAUGUGAUUGUGUAUCGUUGUAGUAAGUGUUGUUGUAGUAUGUAUCGUUGUAGUAUGUAUUGUGUAUUGUUUUGUA